AUGGCGCCGCGGCGCCUCCUGCUGCUGCUGCUCCUCUCCCCCGAGUUCCUGGACCUGCUGCCCGGCGCCCAGGGCGCCCGCAGCCGCGCGGCCAACCGGACCCUGAGCGCCGCCGGCUCCCCUGCCGUCGGGGGCCGGCGGCCCGGGGGCGCCCUGGCCCGGGGCGGCCGCGAGCUGAACGGCACCGCCCGGGCUGCCGGCAGCGGCGUCCCGGAGGCGGGGAGCCGGCGGGGACAGCCGGCGGCGGCGGCGGUGGCGGCGGCGGCGGCGGCUGCCAGCGCGGCCGUCACCUACGAGACGUGCUGGGGCUACUACGACGUGAGCGGCCAGUACGACAAGGAGUUCGAGUGCAACAACAGCGAGAGUGGCUACCUGUACUGCUGCGGCACCUGCUACUACCGCUUCUGCUGCAAGAAGCGCCACGAGAAGCUGGACCAGCGCCAGUGCAACAACUACCAGAGCCCCGUGUGGGUGCAGACGCCCAGCACCAAGGUGGUGUCGCCGGGGCCCGAGAACAAGUACGACCCCGAGAAGGACAAGACCAACUUCACCGUCUACAUCACCUGCGGGGUGAUCGCCUUCGUCAUCGUGGCCGGCGUCUUCGCCAAGGUCUCCUACGAUAAGGCCCACCGCCCGCCGAGGGAGAUGAACAUCCACAGGGCUCUGGCUGACAUCUUGAGACAACAGGGACCAAUCCCCAUAGCACACUGUGAAAGAGAAACGAUCUCGGCCAUCGAUACCUCCCCCAAGGAGAGCACGCCGGUCAGAUCCACCUCCAAAAACCACUACACCCCUGUGCGCACAGCCAAGCCGCCGCCAGGACAUUAUGGGAAGGAUGCUUACCGAAGUGGAGGAGCUGAUCUCCAUAACUUCAUCUCAUCCGGAUUUGUCACGUUAGGAAGAGGACACAGCAAGGAGAAGCCACGAAUGAACAACAUCCUGACAUCAGCCACCGAGCCCUAUGACCUGUCCUUCUCCCGCUCCUUCCAGAACUUGGCCCACCUGCCCCCAUCCUAUGAGUCCGCAGUGAAGAGCCACCCCAGCAAGUACUCUUCCCUGAAAAGACUAACCGACAAGGAGGCUGACGAGUAUUACAUGAGGAGGCGGCACCUGCCAGACCUGGCGGCCCGGGGCACCCUCCCGGUCAACGUCAUCCAGAUGUCCCAGCAGAAGCCCCUGCCCCGCGAGAGGCCGCGCCGGCCCAUCCGGGCCAUGUCGCAGGACCGGGUGCUGUCCCCGGAGCGGCGCCUGCCCGACGAGUUCCGCAUGCCCUACGAUCGCAUCUUGUCGGACGAGCAGCUGCUGUCCACCGAGCGCCUGCACUCCCAGGACCCGCUGCUGUCCCCCGAGCGGACGGCCUUCCCCGAGCAAUCCUUGGCCAGGGCCAUCUCACACACAGACGUGUUUGUGUCCACGCCCAUGCUGGACCGCUACCGCAUGACCAAGAUGCACUCCCAUCCCAGUGCCUCCAGUAACUCCUACGCCACGCUGGGCCAGAGCCAGACGGCGGCCAAGCGCCAGGCCUUCGCCACACGCAGGCACAACACGGUGGAGCAGCUGCACUACAUCCCCGGCCACCACACCUGCUACAGCGCCAGCAAGACCGAAGUGACCGUGUGA